UGUGUGAGUUGAGCGGCGCAGGGAUCCAAGGGAGGCUCGCUGCCGCUGCCGCUGCUGCGUCCUGCAUCCGAUCUGCCUUGACUGCCUGCAAGACGGGUUGCCGGCUGCACGGGUAAAGGGAAGGGCGCAUCUUGCCCAUCUCUGAUUGUUUCUCGGUUAUGUCUUGUGUCUUGACGUGUGUCUGACCUUUACUUUUUUUCCUUUUACUUUCUUUCUGUUCCUUGCCGAUGGGACGACUAUUAGGUCGGUAUCCGUACUCGGUGCUGCUAAUCUGAUCCGGGCUGCUUGUGCCAGCUGCUUCAUCUUUUGCAUACACACACACACACACAUACUCUCUCCUCCUCCCUCUACCCCCCCUCUCUCGUUUUCUUCUUCUUCUUCUUCUUCUUUUUUACCUUUUCUUUUUGUUGGUCUACCAUUUCUUCUCUCUCUUCCCCACUUCAGGCGAGAAUAUGUGUGCUAGAGCCCCCUGUGUCGAUCACUUGUAAACCUUCGUGGCUGCCCAUCCUUCGAACCGCCGUUUUAGUCUUCUCCUCUUCUGCCGUUCUUCAUUCCUCCCUUCCACCCACCCCCCCAUAAGCCCACCGACCUAUCCUCUCUUCCUUUUUUUCAUUUCCAUAGAGGUUCCCAUUGUUGUCAAACAAACGCACAGCAAACGGUCGCGACUCGGUCUCGCCCCCGUCGUUUCUCGUCGUCCACGCAUCCUCACAUCACUACAAUCAAUACGCAGCUCCAACCGCCGUCGCCCCCGUUGCAAGGUCGGCUCUUCGACACUGGUCAUCUUGGGAGAGACGAACGAAAGAAGAAGAGGGGGGAAAAAAGCAAGAAAGAGAAAUCUGCCAUGUGCCGCCUCGUGCUCUUCGCGGGCACUUGCGUCCGCUGCAACGAGUCCCUCACCUGGGCCGACCUCUCGCAGCAGCUCUCGUGCCUCGAGGCCAAGAACUCUGAUAGCUUCGGCGGGUGCCGCCGCGGCGUCGACGUCGAGACCCACGCCUUCGACCAGGAGUGCGACGCCUGUGCAGGCGAGGACGAGGGCGUUGCCGGCAUGGACUCUGGGGGGCAGCAGUAUCAGCAGUAUCAGCAAUCAUUGGCUUCGUCGCUGUCGGCAGCCAGGAGCUCUGGCAAGAGGAGCGGCGGCGGCGGCGGCGGUAGGGAAGAGGGGGAGGGGGGAAAGAAGAAGAGGGCGAGGACGUGAGCGUUCUGCCAUCAAUGA